CUGACCUCGACUCUGAGGGGUAAAAAUCUCGCAUCUUCUUGUGGGACUAAUAUCUGAGAUGGAGCUGUGGGUGGCAUGAAAUAAAAAGUGACGAUGGUGGCGGUGAAGGAUGGUGAGGUGCCUGUGGCUGCUGCCCUUGUGUGUGACGUACCAGUGACUGCUGCUGCCCUUGUGUGUGACGUACCAGUGACUGCUGCUGCCCUUGUGUGUGACGUACCAGUGACUGCUGCUGCCCUUGUGUGUGACGUACCAGUGACUGCUGCUGCCCUUGUGUGUGACGUACCAGUGACUGCUGGUGCCCCUGUGUGUGACGUACCAGUGACUGCUGGUGGUGGUGCCCCUGUGUGUGACGUACCAGUGACUGAUGUUACUGGUGACCCUGUGUGUGACGUACGAGUGACUGCUUAUGCUGGUUACUCUGUGUGUGACGUACCAGUGACUGCUGCUGCUGGUGCCCAUGUGUGUGACGUACCAGUGACUGCUGGUGCCCCUGUGUGUGAAGUACCAGUGACUGUUGCUGCUGGUGCCCCUGUGUGUGACGUACCAGUGACUGCUGGUGCCCCUGUGUGUGACGUACCAGUGACUGCUGCUGCUGGCACCCCUCAGUGUGACGUACUUGCCCGCCUGUUAUGGGAGUAUCCUUACCACAUAGUACCCAGGAACCAUGACCCUUACAACGUCGCCUUAUUCAACAAGACAUCAAUGUUCCACCCGGACACCACCGAGGUCAACAUCCUUCACACUGACCAAUAUAUUCAUCUCGUAAACACCAUAUACCAGUUCACAAAGGGGCUGGUAUACAACCUGUUGGCUCUGCUGCUCGGUCCUGUUAUCGCCUUCUUCUGGGGUAUCGUCUUCGCUUCCAUAGUCUUUAUUAAACUCAGUCACGCACUAGCCAUAGGUCCCAAGACCUACACUGCUAAGUACUGCUCCACGCCAGUACUCUGCCCAGUGUCUCCAACAGUCUCCUCCAGAGACUCUCCAGCAGCCCUCUCCCGAGCUCUCUACACCAGCAGUAGCUCCACUUGA